GUUUUUCUCAGCCAUUUUUUUUAUUCCAUAUAAAAAUAUGUAUUCUCAUUUAUUUUAGUGCUCAAAAGUAGUGAAUUAAAUAUCGAAAACUAUAUAUAAAGAUGGAUAACGCCGCAAAGUCGAUGGAGCCUGUGCAUAAUUUCACAAAUGAGCUGUUUUCGCUGUACGACUUUAAAGUUCCAAUUAGUAAGGCUAAAAUGGGAGCAAUUACAAAGAGUGCGAUGAAAGCGAUAAAGUUUUACAAGCAUGUCGUACAGAAUGUCGAGAAAUUCAUCCUCAAAUGUAAGCCUGAAUACAAGAUCCCUGGACUGUACGUAAUUGAUUCAAUUGUAAGACAAUCCCGUCAUCAAUUUGGACCAGAGAAGGAUGUAUUUGCACCGCGCUUUGCACGUAAUAUGGAAGAGACAUUCGCUCAUUUAUUUCGAUGUUCUCAGGAGGAUAAGAGCAAAAUCAUCCGUGUGCUGAAUUUGUGGCAAAAGAACAAUGUUUUCGCACCCGAAGUCAUACAGCCAUUGUUUGAUUUAGCCAAUCCAGAUCAUCCAGUUCAUCAAAACUUUAUGCAACAGCAGCAACAAAAUCAACAGCAAAACGACAUGUCAGCAUUAUCAAACGGAAUGAAUAUUGUGCGCGAAUCGCCACUCCAAAAAGACGACUCAAAUACGGAAAUGCUGAAUGCGACGAAUUUGCAAAAGUUCCAGUUCCAACAGAUGAUGAUGCAUUCAGCCGAACAAAUGGGUAAUUCAACGGAAUCAAUGAAGUUUAAGCAGUUACUUGAAUAUGAUUAUGGAUCUGAGAAUGAAGAGGAUAAGAAUGAUGCAUUACAAUCAGCUGCAUUACAACAAUAUCAAGCAACAGCAAUGUCAGGCAUACCAUAUCAAUUUACAAAGUGUCUUGAAGAUCCCAACAUAUUGAAGCAAUUACAGAGUAUAAAUAAGAUAGACGUACAGCGUUACUUACAGGAGAUGCCAGCUGCUAGUAAUUCAACAGAACAACAGCCAUUACAAGGCUCAGGAAUAACAUUAGCAAAUAUUAAUAGCUUACGUGGUCCACAAACACUAAUAGACAUUAGUAAAGAUCAGGAUGUUGAGCUUGUUGGCGAGCCAGAAGUUAUACCAAUUGAUGUAAGUUCCCGAUCACCAACUCCAACAAGACAUAAACGUCGUAGGUCUAGAUCACAUUCAAGAGAGCGAUAUGGAAGACGUAGGCGCUCAAGGAGUACACGUUCUAGAUCUAGAUCACCAAGAAAUCGUCGUCGAUCAUCGCGUGAUCGAACAAAAGAGAAGGAACGAGAAAAACAGCGCGAAAUUGAUAAAGAGAGACGUCGAAAAGGAUUACCGGAUAUAAAGAAGGAACACUUAUCGGUAUGCAGUACAACUUUAUGGGUUGGACAUUUAUCAAAAUUAGUACAGCAAGAGGAAUUGUCAGAUACUUUUGGCAAAUAUGGAGAUAUUAUUAGCAUUGAUAUGAUUCCUCCAAGAGGUUGUGCCUACAUUGUCAUGAAUCGUCGUCAAGAUGCUUUUAAAGCAAUGCAAGCACUAAAGAAUCACAAGCUUCAGAAUCGAGCAAUAACGAUUUCAUGGGCUGCAGGAAAAGGCGUUAAAGGAAAGGAAUGGAAGGAUUAUUUCGAUCAAACUCUAGGUGUAACUUAUAUCCCAUAUACGAAAUUAACACAAGGUACAGAUUUCGAGUCGCUAGAAGAAGGUGGAAUGUAUGAUGAAGAAACGCAGCCAUCGUGGGUCAAAGAAAAGAUUAAACAACCUCAUCAACCAGCACAAAAAGAAACGGGAAUAAUAUUACCACAAUUCUUUAGUAUGCCUGCAAAUGUCCCAAAUAUUGAUACAAGUCAACCACCGCCUAAUGCGCCCUUAUUACCAUCAAUGCCCCCUUUCCCAUUAACUGGAUUACCAAGACUUAUGAUGCCUAAUGUUUUACCUCUAGGAAUUCCACCUCCAAACAUGUUGGGUAUGGUUUUCCCGCCAACAAUGGAAAAAACAUCAGUUCCACCGCCAAAUUUAAUGGGUUUUAAUCUUGGAACGCUACCAAAUCAACAAGCAUCAUCAAAUGCAACGGGUGAUGAUCAUAUGGAUAUAGAGAUGGAAGAUGAACAGCAUGCAACAAAACCUAAUGAUGCUGCAACAAUAUUACAACAAUUUUAUCAACCACCGCCAUCAAUAAAUUCACUCAUGAUGCAAGCAAAUCAAUCAGCAUCGAGUGUCAUGUCGAAUCUAAAUAGUAGUAGUAAUAAUAAUUCAAACAAUUCAGACUCACAGAAUGAUGAUUUUUCGAGACUUAGAGGAGAUAGUCGAAAUAAUCGUAGUCAGAGUCGUGAAAAGGAUAGAAAUGAUUAUAGACGUGGAUCACGUCCUGAUUACAAUAAUCGAAGUGGUCGUUGGCCUAAUGAUUCAAAUAGUCGUGACAAUAGAGAUAAUAGACGGGAUAAUAAUGGUCGAUCAAGAGACGGUGGCAAUCAAAAUAGUUAUAGUAGAAGAAGUGGACAUCAACAAGAUAUUCCAAGCUUACUAUCGCAAUCUGUGCCCACAAUUGAAAAUGAUAAUUUGCCUCAAAGACAGCGAAAUAACGGUACGAUGUGCUCAAAUUCUUUGCAUAUUUCACAUUCCUUUAUCCCAAUACUUAUACUGUUUCUUAUGCAGAUUUCAAUUCGAGUCGAGAUGAUUUUAAUGAUCGACGACAACCGUAUGCAAAUCGUGGAUUUAAUAAUCAGGCUAGAGGACGAGGUGGUCCUGCUUUUAGAGGAAACUUUGCAAGUGGUCGUGGUAAUAUGCGAGGCGGUUAUAACAACAACUUUAAUGACCGAGGAGGUUUCCAUGAUAGAGAUGCAGCAAAUCAGCGUGGGGGACGAAGAACAUGGAACGAUAAUGAUAAUAAUGAAAGACGUGCAGGAAGUUUCCAACCACGUGGUGGUUUUGAUAGAACAAGCCGUAGCAAGCGUUGGGGAAAUUCUAGAGAACGUGAUGAAUACGAUAGUGAACAAAAUGAUCAGGAAUACACAGAACAGAAUCAGGUAUCGAAAAAUGAGAGUUAUGAAAACAAUGAAGAGAAAGAGAGUAGUCAAGUGAAUGAAGAGCUACCGCCAGGCACAGAGAACUAUGAAGAACCAGUUGUGAAUCAUCCGAAAGAUUCAUUUGAUAGUUCUGAGCCACAAGAACAACAAUAUCAUCAACAUGAACAAGAAGAAUUUAACAACGAAGUUCCAGUUGCUGAUAAUCAUAAUAGUUCAAGUGUUAAUGAAAGUGCUGUAGAUGAGAAUAAUCAAGGAAAUACGACGCCGUUGUGUGAUGAAGCGAAGGAAGACGAGUAAUAAUGAGUGUUGUGUCUGAAUAUAUAUGAAUAUAGAGUGAAAUGGUGAAAUUUCCUAUACUAAUGUGUAAAAAAUGAAUAAUAUAAGAGGAAAUUCCAAUGAACUACAUUAAAGAACAUGUGAAAAUCGCGUGAAAGUUUAUAAAGUUAUUGUAGGACUCUUUAAAUGUUUUAAGUAACAAAUCAACUCUUGAUGGCUGUGAUAUUAUGAUGAAAGAAGAUUGAAUUAUGUAAUUUAAGGUACAUUUCUCCAGUUUUAUGGUGAGCAAAACAAAACAAUACUCAAAUUUGACAAAUUAGUAUGACUCUCUAAUGCAUUAAUUAUAUAGUCCCUAUAUUAGAACCAAUAAAGAUCGUCUCAGAGUCAAAAAAUUACGUCCAUAAACAAUGUCUCUUGCCAUAUCUCUCGCUUUUGUUUUUGGUUUGGUUCUAAUUUUUUACAGCCAAUGUAUUUGAAUUUUAUUCUAAAGUUUGUUUUAAUUGUAUGUGACAGAGAGAGAGACUAGGAUCAAUAGAGUCGUCAUUAGCUCGAAUUGAGCUUUUGAUGCAAGGUACAGUGGCUUAUGAUAAUAUAAUACACACAUAUUAUAUAUUUGA